GCGUGAGGAUGGACACUCGGGUUUUUACGCGGCACGUUUUGACGCUCUGCUGCCUCCUGCACGUUUCUCUGCAGGGCUUGCACCAGCGCAGACUGUACAGAGACCUGAUGAAGAACUACAACCCUCUGGAGCGGCCUGUGUACAACGACUCCCAUAGCCUCACAGUUCACUUCAGCUUCAGUCUGCUGCAGAUCAUGGACGUGGAUGAGAAGAACCAAGUGCUGACCACCAACAUCUGGCUGCAGCUGUACUGGACCGAUUUCUACCUUCAGUGGAACAUGUCUGAAUAUCCAGGAGUCACAAAUGUGCGUUUCCCUGACAACCAGAUCUGGAGACCCGACAUCCUGCUUUACAACAGUGCGGAUGAGAGGUUUGAUGCUUCGUUCCACACAAACAUUUUGGUCAAUUCCUCAGGAUACUGUCAGUACCUGCCUCCUGGCAUCUUUAAAAGUACGUGUUACAUUGACGUGCGCUGGUUCCCGUUCGAUGUGCAGAGAUGUGAUCUGAAGUUUGGCUCCUGGACUUACGGAGGCUGGUCUCUGGAUCUGCAGAUGAUCCCCGCAGACACCACCGGAUACAUCGCCAACGGAGAGUGGGACCUCGUGGAGGUCCCGGGCCGGAGGAAUGAGCGUUUCUACGACUGCUGCAAAGAGCCAUAUCCAGACGUGACGUUUACGGUGGUGAUGAGGAGGAGGACUCUGUACUACGGUCUGAACCUGCUCAUCCCCUGUGUGCUCAUCUCCACUCUGGCUCUGCUCGUGUUCCUGCUGCCCGCUGACUCCGGAGAAAAGAUCUCACUGGGGAUCACAGUGCUGCUGUCUCUCACGGUCUUCAUGCUGCUCGUCGCUGAGAUCAUGCCGGCCACAUCUGACUCUGUCCCUCUCAUAGCCCAGUACUUUGCGACCACCAUGGUGAUAGUGGGUCUGUCUGUCAUCGCCACAGUCCUGGUCCUGCAGUACCACCACCACGACCCGGACGGAGGGCACAUGCCACAGUGGACCCGUGUGGUGCUGUUGAACUGGUGCGCCUGGUUCCUGAGGAUGCGGCGUCCCGGGGAGAGCAGGGUCCGACUGGGCUGUCCCAACUCCAAACCCCCCCGAGGAAGUCUGUCCAGUCUGGAGCUCAGCGUCAGCCAGGCCUCUCUGCGACACCCAGCCAUGCCCAAUGGAAACAUGUUGUACGUCGGUUUCCGUGGCGUCGAUGGCGUGCACUACAGCUCCGGCCCUGACCCGGAGCUCCUGUGCUCUCGAAUGGUGUCCCCUGAAGAGGACGUCCUCAGGGGCAGUGGGCGGAGCUUGGGUAUGGGCGGGACCCUGGUGGAGGCGGAGCUUAUGCAGAUUUUGGAGGAGGUGAGGUACAUCGCCCGACGUUUCCGGUCCCAGGAUGAAGAGGAGAUUGUUGGGAAUGAGUGGAAGUUUGCUGCGGCGGUGAUCGAUCGACUCUGUUUAGUGGCAUUUUCACUUUUCACCAUCCUCUGCACCAUCGGGAUCCUCAUGUCUGCACCUAACUUUGUGGAGGCAAUCUCCAAAGACUUCUUCAGCUGAAACGCAAACAUUUAAAUUAUAUUUUUAAUCUUAAAGUGACUGGAUAAUUUAUUUAGUUUCAGCUAGAUCCAAAUAAAAAUUCCAAUGAGGUGAUAAUCCAUCUUCCAUGUCAUGCCUGCGCCAGACUUUGUAGUGGCCAUCUCCACACACUUCAUCAGCUGAAACACAACAAAAAAUAUCUUAAAAACAGAUAUUAUAUCUUGCUACAAAUUGGUUUCCAAUGUGGCAUUUAGGCAUUGGAGCUCCUUCUGCUAUCAGCAAUAGAAAUGAACAAUGGGAAAAUAAACAAAUGAAGUCCUUAGGCCCCAUGAAUGCUUUGCUAAUAGAGCCAUGAACACAGUUUAAUUGCAGAACAAGUCCAGGGAUUAUUCAUGGGCUUUAAAAAAGAAGUUUUACCUGUGACGCAAAAUAAAAGUGGUAACAUGCAAACAGUAUUUUUGAGAGCUCUGAAAUGAACUUUGGAUUAAUGAAACAAGUGUGAAUGAAACUAAAUACAACUCCAGGCAUGUCUGUGCACUCCCUCACUCGUCCAGGUCUGAUCCAUAGCAAAAGAAAAAUUCUAUUCUGUCAGCUGGACAAAAGUUUUAGAGUGAAGACGUUUGGGGGCUCAUCCGAGCAGCGUCUUCAGUUCUGGUCCGAUGGCAGGUGGACACUGCCUUAUAUCUGUCUCAAGGGAGGAGCCAACUACAGGAGCCAACUUUUGUCAAGUUGACAGACUUGAAUUUUUCUUUUGCUGAUCCAGGUUUUUUGUUUUUUUGUUUUUGUUUUUGUUUUGUUUUGUUUUUUUGACAAGUAUGGUUAAAAGCUCAUAAAGUCAGUAUGUGUCCAUUAAAGUGACUGGAUCGUUUAGUUUGUUUCAAUUUGGUAAUCAUUCAUCUGCCCCAUUGGCUUUGUAGAAGCUUUCUCUAAACUUCUUCAGCUCAAUCUCAAACAUUUUAACAAAAUAUUCCAUCUUAAAGUGACUGGAUACAUUAUCUUAGUUUAAGUAAAAUUAAAAUUACAGCCUCCAUUAUCCACCAUUUGACAAUUUUACAUUUUCAGACAGUUUAACCUGACUCAGGCCCGAUAGAGCUGUGUGGCUUCUGAAUGGAGUUCUACACAUACAUCUGGAGUGGUUCUCACUGAGAGUGACUGGGAAAAAGUGGAACAGCAAACUUUAGUUAAAUCCAGUACUCAGCGCUACUCUGCGAUUUAUCUGAACCACUGGUUAACUUCAUGGAUUCCCUGGAGAAUUCAUCUUGCUGACCAAGUUAACUUUAAACUGACUAGAUAAAAUUUGUUUCAAUUAGACCCAAACUAAAACUUCACCUGAAUGUCUGAAACAUCACAGCUGAAGCUGACAUUUCAAUUUGAUUCUGUGUAUUCCUUAAAAUUUACCUUUUAAUUGUAAAUAAUGUAAUAUUGUCAUCUCUGUGUCUGUCUACGGUCAGUCUAAUGUUUUCUUUCUACUGUACAGCUCUUAUCAUUAUGCAGAUCUGCAACAUCCAGUCAAUGAAUAAUUGAUGUAUUUAUUUGGGUGCAGACUCAAAUUCAGAAUGGAUUUGGGUCACAUGUAAGAAGGCACAAAUAUUUACUCACAAAUGCAAAGUAAUCUCAAUUUUUGUACACAGACAAAAUGUUAAGCAAGUAACAUCAAGGACAUUUGGCACUGACACUGAAAAUGUGUGAAAGGAAGUCUAAUGGUCGACCUAUUUGACGAAAAGUGUGGUUUGUAAAAUAUAAUUCUGUAAAUAAACAUAUUUUCUUAGG